UUUCAGAAUUGUUGAAUUGGUCUUUUUGGUUUAUAUGUGUAUGCACUUGUUUUUCAUUGUUCAUCUUUAAUCAUAGCAUUAACAGUGGAAAAAAGGGCGACAAUCAUUUCGUAGUGGAGUAUUACAUCAGCUACUAUGCAAAGUUUGCGUAAGCUGGUCAAUAAACCUCGUGUGGACGAUUGGAAUCCAUUGGCCAAGUUUUACUAUGCAGACGAGGCACUUAACGCAGUAGCCAGCGAACUAGAUUCAUUUGAUGGACGUCGUGACCCAGAGCGUUGCAGCCAGUUAGUCGGCAAACUGAGGCAAGCGCAGGAUCGUCUGUUGCACAUAAUUUCAGAAAUGAUACAGCAAGUAUUUCCACGUGAAUCAGAUCGUGCCUGUCGUGAUUACCGCGUGAAAUUUCCAGAAGAAAUCAUGCAUGACAGUUUACCCGGACAACUCUGGUUUGGCGCCGAGUGCCUCACAGCAGGAUCCAACAUAAUUGACCAUGAAGUAGAAUCAGAAGCUAUAAGACCAAUGGCUCGUGCACUAACGAAACAUUUGGAUACCUUGCGCGACUUGCUGAAAGAUCAGUCUCUUAGAGACCCAACACAUUACAGCGAUAAAGUGAAGAGAAGUUUAAAGCAUUUCGAUCAGCUUUUUGCGGAAUUUGAACUGAAUUACGUAAGUGCAAUGGUUCCAGUGAAAAGUGUAAAAGAGUAUGAUUGUCAGUUAGAUAUUGCUGUUUUGUUUUCAGAAACAUUAGAUAGGGCUCUUAGGUUAGCUUAUCUAACUCAGGAUCAGAUUGAUGAUUGUGAUCCCAUUGUGAUGAUUGCUGUCCCACGAUUAGCCAUUGUUUGUGGUCUUUUGUAUUUUCCGGAAGGGGCGCUAAAUGUGGAUGCGAAUCCUGAAACAUUGUCCGAUAUGUUCCGCUCGUUUCACAGUCUGUUGGUGAAAAUUCGCGACCUCCUGCGUAUUUUGAACUUGCAUGAAUUACAUCGUGUCGAGAAAGCUCUGUGUACUGGCGAAACACAAAUUAAAUUUGAUGAAGAUAGUGUCGAGGAAGCACUGACUGUAGCAAAUUUUCACUUGAAGACUACUGGAAAAGGGGUCGAAAGAAUUUUGGAGGCGCAUAAAUUACAAGCGAACGAUUCUUCGUAUUCAAAUCCGUUAGAUGAUGUUGACUGCAACAUACCUGGUGCUCGCAUUGCUUCAUGUCAUGCAAAUGGCCUUGCACAUAGAAUGCUGUCGCCAGUGCAUCUCAGUAGCAGUAGUGGAAACAGCAGUGCUGAGAAUUCUUCGGAAUUGGACCUUCUGAUUAUGAUUCGUCCGCCAGACUCUCAUCGCUUGCGUGCGCGAUUCCGCUCUUCUGCCGAUCUCAUACAUCGUUUAUUUGUCUGCAUAUGCGGCGUUGCUGAUCAGUUGCAGACAAAUUAUCCCACUGACCUACGACGUGUGCUGAAGAUGAUUUUGCAGCCGAACGAUGUUGUACCAAUUUUUGAGAUAUCGGGAAAAACAGCUCCAAAUCCAGAGAAUGAAGAAGAAAUGGGUGUAGAGGUACAGGAAACACUUCCUUUACCUUCCCUUGUCGGUGUUCGUUGGGUACCAGAUAGCGACUGUGAACAGUGCACGGCCUGUGGCAUGCAAUUCACAUUGGUCCGGCGUCGUCAUCAUUGCCGCAAUUGUGGGAGAAUCUUUUGUUCACGUUGUUCUGCCAACUCCUUACCGCUUCCGGAAUUGGGUUACGAUAAGAAAGUCCGUGUAUGCAACUUAUGCUUUCUGUACAAAAUUAAUCCAUUUUCGCCUUGUACAGGUCAAUCAAACUCGUCACAAAAUUAUUCAAUUAAUGCGUUUAAUAACGCCGUUACUUCCACUGAAAGUGUGGUGAAUCAGGGUGACCAUGAAAGGGACGAAGACGGGUCGCAAAGUAACGAAUUAUUCGAAACAACAACAGCAACCACUGCAUAAAUUCAUUCGGGUCCUGCUGCCACAAAUUUUUGUUCUUAAUUGUGAUGUUACUGAUUUUGCAGGCUGGAAGGAAUGUAAUUUGAGCUCUCGUUGGAAAUUUUGCAAAGAUUGCGAAAUUUUAAAAAUUCAGUUUUUAAAGAAAUUUAAAUUGUAAACACACGUUGUUGUGAAUGAAUCAGUUGCUAUGUAAGUUAAAGUUAAGCAGGUUGAUUCAAAUUAAAAUUCAAUUAUUUUUUGGUAGUGGUAAAUACUAUUACAGUUCUUUAUCUUCUUGGUGUUGUUCUCACUUACGGUUUUUAGCGAAC